UUCUCAUAUCAACUACCAACCACCACCACUACCGUUUCUAGAUUUCACUGUUAUUCCGCCAUGAAUCUCUUUCAAAACCCUACAACGAAAUUGCUACAAUCUCACCGUCGAUUCACCGUAUGCUCACCGUCACCGUCAUUGUCUCGCCGGCGGUUCAGCGUCAGAUCGAGCCUUCCAUCUCUAGCUCAGAAUGCUAAGUAUAACGCUGAGCUGGGAGCCGCCGUUGACGCCGUCGAGCGAGCUUGCCGUCUUUGUGUUGACGUGAAGCGAUCUUUGUUCACAAGUGAUGGAAGGAUUCUUGAAAAAAACGACCAAACGCCCGUCACAAUUGCAGAUUUUGGUGCCCAAGCUCUAAUUAGUCUCGAGCUCGGGAAGUUGUUUCCUUCCAUUCCAUUGGUGGCCGAGGAGGACUCGGCAUUCUUACGUUCAAAUAAUCUUGUAGAUUCUGUUGUAAAUGUGGUUACCGAUAAAGCAAGCUCCCAAGAUAAAGCAUUAACACAAGCUGAUGUAACUGAAGCUAUUGACAGAAGAGGAGAAUUUGGACCCAAACCCGCCACAUAUUGGGUUUUGGAUCCUAUCGAUGGCACCCGGGGAUUUGUCAAGGGUAGCGAGGCUUUAUACGUGGUAGGUUUGGCUCUUGUGGUAGAAGGACAGAUUGUGUUAGGAGUUAUGGGUUGCCCCAACUGGAAGGUUGAUAAAUCCGCUUCUAAACCCCACGAGUAUGAAAACGAGCCCGGAAUCAUAAUGGCUGCACAUGUUGGCUGUGGAACAUGGGCCAAGGGACUACCUGAUCUACAGAACCCGGAAGUUAACUGGUACCGAUGCUUAGUUGAUGGCUAUACUUUGGUUCAUAAAGGACGGUAUUGCAUUUCAGAGAGCCAAACGUGGGACUCGUUGCCACUGUCAUCUUCAUUCGGUUCAACAACUGAUGUGGAUAAUGUUGGGGAUGAGGAAGUUCUUCUUUUGCCUACGUGUUGUGGAAGUUUAUGCAAGUAUUUGAUGGUAGCUUCGGGGAGGGCGUCUGUUUUCAUUCAACGUGCAAGGGUUGAUAGGGUGAUCAAGGUAUGGGAUCAUGCUGUUGGAGUCAUAUGUGUGCAGGAAGCAGGAGGAAAGGUUACCGACUGGAAUGGAGACCGACUUGAUCUCGCCGCGGAUGAAGUUGAGCGCAAGGCAUUGUUUCCUCCAGGCGGCAUUCUUGUAUCUAACAGCGGCUUACACCAAGAGAUACUAGAGAUCAUUGCAUCCAAAUCCUCGGUUAUUUCAUGACGUAUGGAGCGGAAAUCUGUUCAUGUUUCCUCUGCCUGUAUAUUUGUUUCUUUUUGUUACAUGUGAUAUACAAUACGAGAGUGAUUCAAAUUCAACAAGCGAAAGUCAUCAUUUUGUGGGUCCCAUCUAUGUUCAUUCUCACAUCUUGAUGAGCCAUGUGAAUCAAACAAAGAACCACAAUGCAGCUAUAACGCACUUGUAAAGUACUCGAGAACCGCUAGUUUUUGCAAUCUGUCUUCUAGUUUUUACCAUGUUUA